AUGGCUAUUUUGCACAGGACGGGGAUGGAGCUGGCAUCUCUCAUGCACAAGGCAUUUGACUGUGGCCGUCAGUCCCUCGCCACUAUUUCAACUUUUAAUUUUAAAGAUCUGGAAGUGACACUAACCGAAACACCACAGCCCAAGCCAAAAGAUGAUGAACUUAUAUUCGGCCAUAAUUUUACCGACCAUAUGCUGUCGAUAGAGUGGUCAGAGCAAAGAGGAUGGGACAAACCGUGUAUACACCCCGUACGAGAACUACUCAUUCACCCUGCAGCUAAAGUCCUCCACAUUGCAAUAGAGUUGUUUGAAGGGAUGAAGGGCUACAGGUGUGUUGACGGCAAGAUCCGACUGUUCCGCGCAAUGGAGAACAUGAAGCGCAUGCGCAGAACUGCAGAGCGAGCCUCCCUACCCCCUUCUCUGAUCAUGAGCAAGUCAUCGGCGGCCAAAUUGUUUGUUUUGCUGUCUCCUGUUGGCCCUUACUUCCACACAGGGUUCAAGCCAGUCACCUUACUGGCUGACCCUAGAUUCGUUCGUGCUUGGCCGGGUAGCUGUGGGUCAUUCAAAAUGGGGGCGAACUACGCCCCCACCAUUCAGGUUCAGGACCAUGCCAUGCGUGAAAUGGACUGCCAGCAGGUCCUGUGGCUCUUUGGUGAUGACCAUAAGCUGACUGAAGUGGGAACAAUGAACCUGUUUAUGUACUGGAUCAACGAGCAAGGAGAAGAAGAGCUGGUUACACCACCACUGCAUGGAUUGAUUCUACCUGGAAUUACACGCAAAUCUCUUCUGGAACUUUCUCAGCAGUGGGGUGGACCACGUAAAACCCACCGUCUCCGUGGAAGUGGAAUUAAAAUAGACCCUGGGCUACGGGGUGAAGGAAAUGUUUGGGCAGGCACAGCCUGUGUUGUUUGCCCAAUAGAGAAGAUUCUUUAUCAGGGCCAGAUACUGGAGAUUCCAACAAUGACGAAAGCAAAACUUACAAACCGAUUCUUCAACCACCUCACGGACAUUCAGUAUGGCCGCAUACCUCAUUCAUGGAUGGAGGGAGUGGAUGACGAUACAGAGGUUGUGGCUUAA